AAUUUACGCUCACCACGCGCAGCGCCGCUACGGUCAUCUAUUCCAGGUUAGCUGCUGACAGUGCGUUCACUUCUAGCUCCCUUCAAGGUAGUCUGGGCUCUGUCGGCUCUCCAGCUAUGCUUAUACUAGAUAAUUCAAACGAUCUCAUAAAUCCACAAGUCACCGAACAGGAAAUAGGGUCAGAUUUAGAGCCACUUCAGGACGAAGAAGUAAUUCAAUUUCGUGCUCAAGUGCUGAAUAUGGGUGUCCUAAGCUCUGAUGGGAUGAACUCGAGGGAACGGGAGUUGGCCAGAAUGGUCCUCAGACUCACUGAAUCUUCUCGGCCCAGCUCUGCUCAAAUUGCUAGCCAAGCAGCCAUAAUUUUGGACCUCUCCACUCAACGUGACUAUCUGAUUCAACAAGCUGAAGAAGAGCGGGCUAGAUGGGAAUCUGAAAGGGAGGGAUGGGAAAGGGCUUCCGAGGCACUUAUUGCUCAAAGAAAUGCGAAGGAUCAUUAUUCAAAUCGUCACCAGGAACUGGAGCGGUAUUGCUCUAUCUUGCAAACAGACAACGAAGAUUUACGACGAAGAGAGCAACAACUAUUGAAACGGUUGACCUCCCUCGAGGAUGAGAUGGUCAAACUGAAACCAGUACUCCUUCUGGAUCCUUUCCCUGCGACUGCCUCAGAAUCCUCAUUAUCCCAUGCCGCUGCGUACCUUGCAAGUCUCCCUUAUCCCGCGGCUUCUGGUAAGGAAGCGGUUCGUGCACAACGCUCGCGCAGAAAGAAGCUUGAAGCGAAACAUAAGGACAUUGAUCACCUUGAUCAAGAAGUCGACCAUGUCGCUGCUAAUAUCAGCGCCUCAAAUGACUCUCCAAACUCAAUUGGUGUAGGAACACAAGGCACUUCUUUACGAACCCCCAACGACCUUGACGGCGAGAUUUCUCAUUCUUUGUCGUAUAUUCCAGACCAGCUGCAGGACGAUUCAAAUGUACUUCCUUUCAAAUCAGUACGUUCGGAAAAACACGUCUCCAGACGAACUGAACCUCCAGGUACACUUUUACUUUGGCCUGCCCACAUCCAGCCACCGGUUACUCCACCUUCUCUUGAAACACCAUCGGCGAUCUUGGGCGCACCUUCAGCUCCAGGACUCAAUGAACGUUCCGAAAAUGCAGCAUUCGAUUCAGCAAUUGAACCACCACUUGCGUCCUCCUUAUCCAAGCCAGCUAGACCUCUCACAUCCGAUGCUCGCAUGGAGCAUCUCCUACUCGCAGCUAGAAUGAUUGGCAGGAAGCGAGCGGCAUUUGCUGCUGGAAUCGUGGACGCCGAACUAGAGAAAGGGCAAAAGGAAAGAAAAGAGAAAGAGAAAGAAUGGAGAGAAAAGGAGAAAGCAAAGAAGCAGAAGGAAAGAGAAAGGGAGAAGAAGGAAAGGGAGAUCGCGGAGAAAUCAAAGUCAGAAAGGAGUAAAGAGAAAACUCGUUCAACUGCGACACUACGUUCUUCUGCCGGUGGGAGUAGAUCAGUGAAGGGUAAGGGUAAGGAGAAAGCAUUGCCAAAGAGCAGCGGCGUAGGUAAAACAAAUUCGUUGAAACGUACUCCCUCGCGGAGUGGAAGGGAGCUGGAGGGGAUCUUGGACGACGAAGUCAUAGCAGGCUCGUCGAAGCAAAGAAGAACGAAACAAACGCGUCCUAAACCUAGGGCACUGUCAGCAUCUUCAUCUGCAGGGUCAACGCAAAAGACGCAGCUCACUGGUAUGGACUCCCUCCUAAGCGCUGCGAGAAGCAUGAUGGAUCCUGGCUCCAAUCAAUUUAUAACUAGAGAUAAGGCCCACGAAGGAGGGAUAGAUAUCGAUAGUAAUGUAGGUUCACGCCGUCCUGCGAGUGAACUGGGAGGAUACGAAGACACGGAUAUGCUUCCGCCUGCGAAAAGGCAGAAAAGCCUGGUGGUUAGUUCAAACCGACCGAUGCGGACUCCUAGUGCACUCGACGUCUUGGCCGACCAAGCUGCGGCUGCAGUCUCUACCUCAGCCGCUAGCUCAGAUAUGGAUAGCACUAUUUUAGAGGGCAAAAUGGUAAAAAAUGACUUGGAAGACGAGGAUGCGGAAGGGGAGUAUGAAGACGAUCCUGCCGAUUCCAAUAGUGUCACUCGUCUCAACAGUCCGACUACUAACACUGAUGGACCUCGAAGGAGCAGCCGUCGUUCAGCAUCCUCCCGGUCAGUAAUAAACACUAGGGUAAUAUCCUCGGCGAAAUCGCCUACCAAAGGUCUCUCCUGAGAUCUGAUACCACUGUGAAAAUUCCCACUCGAUAUCCUGGUCCUCACGAAAUGGCUAUUCCAUUUAUUAAGUUGUCAUUGUAUCACCU